AGAGAGAAGGACGAGGAGGGGGAGGGGUGGAGGCAAGAAGAGGGAGGAGGAGAGGGGGAAGAGAGGGCCCGGGAGGAGGAGGGUGAUUUUAAGCCCAAGGGUCAGACAGUGACUCUUCCCUCUGGCUCGGCGCUCUGGGCGAAGGAAGGGAAAGAGGCGUUGCAGUGGAGGUGGGUAGAGCAAAGACUUUCUUGGGGUUGCUUCUCCGGACGGACGCAGAGGCUUCAGCAUCGGGAACAGGAGCUAGAGGGGGGAGGGAAGGGAGGAGGAGGAAAGGGGGAGGAGGAGCCGCAGCCUACGCGUCAGAAGAGCCUUGCACUGCCCAAUGGCUCAGACCCCAGAGUGAGCUGCGAGCAGAGAAGCUGAGCUGCGGACCCACGCCGGGGUUGGUUUGGGAGCUCUUCAUCCUUAGCUGUACCGGCCAGGCGCAACCAUGUCAGAGAAGGAAGCUGGGAGUGAUGCGGGGCCCAGAGAAGCAGCCCCCUCAUCGACAUACUCAUCUCCGGCAAGAAGUUUGGGGGAUACAGGAGUAACACCACUGUCUCCUUCCCAUAUUGUGAACGAGUCGGAUGCAAACGUCUCCGAACAGCAGUCAUUUCUCGUGGUCGUCGCUAUCGAUUUUGGCACCACGUCCAGCGGCUAUGCCUAUAGCUUCACAAAGGAGCCAGAAUGCAUUCAUGUCAUGAGGAGGUGGGAAGGUGGAGAUCCUGGUGUAUCUAAUCAAAAGACCCCAACCACAAUCUUAUUAACUCCGGAAAGGAAAUUUCACAGUUUUGGCUAUGCAGCCAGAGAUUUCUACCAUGAUCUGGACCAAAAUGAGGCCAAGCACUGGCUCUACUUGGAAAAAUUCAAGAUGAAACUCCAUACCACUAGUAAUCUCACCAUGGAAACAGAUCUGACAGCAGCAAAUGGGAAGAAAAUCAAAGCCCUUGAAAUCUUUGCUUAUGCCCUGCAGUAUUUUAAGGAACAGGCAUUGAAGGAGUUGAGUGAUCAAUCAGGCUCUGAGUUUGAAAAUUCUGAUGUCAGAUGGGUCAUCACAGUGCCUGCUAUCUGGAAACAGCCUGCCAAGCAGUUCAUGAGACAGGCUGCCUACAAGGCAGGGAUGGCCACCUCUGAAAACCCAGAACAGCUGAUAAUCGCUCUGGAGCCUGAAGCAGCCUCCAUCUACUGCAGGAAACUUCGCCUCCACCAGAUGAUAGACUUGAGCAGCAAAGCAGCUGUCAAUGGUUACACCUCCAGUGACACUGUAGGAGCUGGGUUUGCACAGGCUAAGGAACACAUACGUCGUAAUCGGCAGAGUCGGACCUUUUUGGUGGAAAAUGUCAUAGGAGAGAUCUGGUCUGAAUUGGAGGAAGGUGACAGAUAUGUGGUUGUGGACAGUGGAGGAGGCACAGUGGACCUCACUGUCCAUCAGAUCAGAUUACCUGAAGGACACCUUAAAGAGCUGUACAAGUCAACAGGUGGACCAUAUGGUUCCUUGGGAGUGGAUUAUGAAUUUGAAAAACUUCUGUGCAAAAUAUUUGGAGAAGAUUUUAUCGAACAAUUUAAAAUUAAACGUCCAGCAGCCUGGGUAGACUUAAUGAUUGCUUUUGAGUCCCGCAAACGGGCUGCUGCCCCUGACAGAACCAAUCCCCUAAAUAUCAACCUACCCUUCUCCUUCAUUGACUACUACAAGAAGUUUCGAGGCCACAGUGUGGAACAUGCCUUGAGAAAAAGCAAUGUGGACUUUGUGAAAUGGUCCUCCCAGGGAAUGCUAAGGAUGAGCCCAGAUGCGAUGAAUGCUCUUUUUAAGCCAACAAUUGACAAUAUCAUCGACCAUCUCCGCGACCUGUUUGAGAAGCCCGAGGUGUCCGAUGUCAAAUUUCUUUUCCUGGUUGGCGGCUUUGCGGAAGCCCCGCUCCUGCAGCAGGCGGUGCAGUCAGCCUUCGGGAACAAGUGCCGAAUCAUCAUUCCUCAGGAUGUGGGGCUCACCAUCCUCAAAGGCGCCGUGCUCUUUGGGUUGGAUCCUGCCGUCAUCAAGGUGCGACGCUCGCCGCUGACUUACGGAGUGGGAGUCCUGAACCGCUACAUUGAAGGAAAGCAUCCGCCCGAGAAGUUGUUGGUCAAAGACGGCACAAGAUGGUGCACUGACGUCUUUGACAAGUUCAUCUCGGUGGACCAGUCGGUGGCUCUGGGAGAAACAGUGAAGCGGAGCUAUACUCCGGCCAAGCCCUCUCAGCUGCUCAUUCUGAUCAACAUUUACAGCGCCGAGAAGGAUGACGUCAACUUCAUCACGGAUCCCGGAGUGAAGAAGUGCGGGACCCUGCGUCUGGAUCUCACUGGGACCAACGAUGUCCCGCUGGUCACUCGGAGGGAGAUCCUGACACUCAUGCAAUUUGGAGACACUGAGAUCAAAGCCAUGGCCAUCGAUAUUCCCACCUCUAAGAGUGUCAAAGCGGGGAUAGAUUUCUUAAAUUACUAACUCGCACCCUCUGGUCCUCUCACCCCUUUUGCCCCCCCCUCAUCUCCCUCUGCCCCCCCCCACCUCCAUUCACUUACCCGCCACACUUUGGUUUUGAGGGUUCCAUUCUUUCCUUUCCACACUUGCCAUCACACUCACUUGAAUUUCAGCAGGUUAGACGGGAACAGACAGAACCUAGAAACAUUGGGGAUUGGGGGGAGGGGGGUGGGUUGGGGUAUGUUUUAGUAGGGAUUCCGACACCCUAAGAUUGUCAGAAAAAGUCUAAUCCAGAGAAAUGAAUAAAUUCAAGGACAGUCAGAGAAGGGGAGCUUCUCCCUCAAUAUUCUCAAAUACCCAGAAGUGGUCAAACAGUCCUUCAGAGGAUGAAAAAAAAAAUUUUUUUUUUUGCAGCAUUUGUCUUUUAACAAAUCUCAUUUGAGCUAAACUAAAGCAGCUUUUUUACAGUAUUUUUAGGUUCAAAAUGAGAUCCCAGACCCCAACAGACACUUUUUUGACUUCUUUUAUCAUAAAUAUUUGUGGUUUCUUUUUUUAAUUUUGAAGGUCAAUAUAAAAAGAACUUCAAGUCUAGAUGUAUUAUUAUUAUUAUUUUGGUCAUCAUGUUUUUUAAGUGGUGCUUAAUUGGGAGCUUGGCGUGUUUUAAAACCAGUCAGAGAGGACUGCCUUAUACUGUGCACUGAUAUUACAGUUUCAGUAAAAGAUUUUAAAUUUCUAGGGAAUAGGAAAUCUUUAAUAAACUGUAUACUGAUCCAGUAAUAAUAGCAUAGGUAGAGGGAGACCUGGCUAAGCUCUGCAAUGAUUCAGUAGACAAUACUUCAUCUGAUAUAAAUGAAUGGGGCUAACAUGCCCAAAUAUAAUUCAGGUUACACAACUGAGCUCCUGGUAGUACUUCAGACCUAUGUAAGUUGAAUGUUAAUGUUAAAUAGUUCCUAUUAAAGCCCUGAUUCAUUUCAGGAGAAGAUAUCAGUGAUGCUUCACAGGUUUAAGUCUAGCACUCUUGAAGUUUUUAACACUUGAUAAAUAAUUAAUUUUGGGGGCCAAACUUUCCCAUGAAAGUAUUGGCUAUUCCUUUCUCCAUUUAGAGAAGGAAUAAAAUCAGUGCAUAGUGGGCAAAAUGUAAGGACUGAAGCUCUCCUUUGAAAUGUUUCAUCAAAUUCUUUAGUUCAAAAUGUCUUUCUCCCUUACUAAAGGGGGCUUUCCAAAUAUAUGCAUGAUGGAUUACAUAAGACUUGAAAAGAAAGUCUCUCUAUAGAAUGGGCUUCUGGGUCUCUUUCUGUAGAGGGUUAAAGUUCUUAGAAGCAGGGUAUCUAGGGUUUAAAAAUUUUUUUUGACCCAUGAAGACUUGUUGGAAUUGACCUCUGUCUUGCUUGAUUUCCACCUUACCUUAUUCAUAGUACACACAAUAAGAAACAAGGAAAGAAAAGAAUUGAGUACAAAAUAAAUAUCAGUUGUGUAACUGUCUUGUAUAUUAGAGAUCUGAGAUUUAAAAAAAAAAAGAUAACCUGUUCCUUCAUGAUUUUUCCAAAAACACUCUCAUGCAAAAUCUGACUCUACAUCUGACUCUACAAAGCUUUAUUUUCUACCUGAUGAAAUUCAUUAAGCUUUAAAUUCAUAAGGAGUUUCAUGAAUGAAUAGAAAAUUUUAUUUAAAUGCAAGUUAGAACUACAAACCCAUUAUUAUGGCUAAUAGGUCUUCUAAGGGAUAUUUCAAAAUUUCAUUUAACAUUCACAUUUCACCCUUGUUUUCACUUUAACAUCUCUGCAGAAUUCCCUCAUAGAAUGUGAAACAUGAAAUACCAGGAAUAAAUCAAGAAUGCUAGUCACAUAACUUGCAUAAAAAUUUCUUAUGCAAUUACAGAGGUAUGCUUGCUAGCAUUCUAUUUCUUGCUGCCUGCUAUGCUUAAAAGGCUAAAUAUUACAGGUUUUUCUUUGGUGUUGCCAAUCAGAGUUUAUAAAUAAGGAAGACUUUGCAAUUUAGUCAUGAACAAUAUAAUUUUAUGUACAUGCAAUAUUUGAAUAAUGUAAAGAAUCUUUAUUUCUACAAGGCUUCUUUCUUGUAUAAAAAUGCUCUUUGCUUUUUGUUGAAUGCAUUCUGCUCCGAAUUGUUACUGAUAUCAUUUCAUUCUGGUUAAUGACAGGCUUAAAAAAAUAAGUAAGCAAUGCACUAUUUGUGGAAGGAAGGCUGACCAAAGGAAAUAAGAUAGAUGGUUAGGGCUGAAUAUAGUUGUGAAUGAAUUGCACCAAAUCAGCACACAGGUCAGAGACAGCAGCAGUCUGCAUUCUUUCAAACCCUUCACUAUUUCCUUUAAAAAGCAAAAGAAAACUAAUCACAGAUGACUUCUGACACAUACUUGAAAGGUUAGCAUUCUGAUUUCUUAGGGCAGUCUGAUUUUCCAUAUAAAAUAAGGCUGAUUUUUAAAACUCCUUGAUUCUCCUGGGAAAUUUGGAUGAUUCUUGAAUCCUAAGUAAAAAAGACAGAGACCAAAAUUCAGUAUGUACAAGUGGCAUUUUCAGUGUGCCAGCAUUUAAAGGAAAGGAAAGAAGGAUGGAUUGCUCCAUCCUUUUUUCAUUUUAAAGUGUGUAUAAAUUAUUCAAAAGUAGGAUUGCCUUUGAAGGGACCUUUCCCUCUAUCCAGACCUCUCUCCUUUUCCUAUUGUCAAUAUUCUCCUACCUUGCAUUCAAGAUGUCUCUCUUUAAGCCAGGUAGACUAGAUCACAAACCCCAUGAACUAUAUAGUGUGGGCAAAUGUGAUUGAAUGGGACCAGAAAUUCUACUGGACUCUGGAAAUGCAGCCCAAUUAGAAAAACUCAUUAAGAAUUCUCAUAUAUCUAGUAGGCUUAAAAAAAUAACCAUAUUGAAACUUCCUAGAGCUAGAUCAUUCUACUUUUAUAAUACAUGUUCCAAUCUUAUAGAAAAUUUAAAAAAAGAUGCAUCUUCUUGACCCACUUCACUGAACUGACCCCCUGACUGUCGUCUGGGAAGCUGAAUCAUAAGUAUCUUGAAGGUAGGGACUGUAGAAUUUUCUUUGCAACUUCCCCACUCCGCACACACCAAGCAUGAAUAAAUGUUGAAUGAGUAAACAAAUAACAUUGAUAAGAAAUAAUAAGAUGUUUCAACUUGAAUGGAAGUUGGCAUAAAAUGUUCAAGGGAGCUUUGCAGAGUGAUGACUAUGAGAAAAGACUACAAAGUAGACCCUAUCCCUUCACUGUGUAGGUCCAGUUUAGCCAUUAAAGGUCCAGGUCCAGAUUAGUCUGGCUUAUCGUCAGUAUGUCAAGGAAUGGUAUGCACCAAUAUGAACUGGAGUCCAUGUUAAUAUGGGAAGGCUGAACUUCAUGCUGCAAAGACUUAGUGGCUGUGACACGCUGUAUGUUCUUGCUAAAAGUGGCUUAAGAGAAUGAGUAGAAAGAGUUGUUGAGCAUCAGAUUGUCAAACUGCUCACCUGCUUGAUGUCCUCAACUAUAUAAUAAACUCUCGAUCCUUGCGAACCAUCACCUCCCUGCACAAGAGAAAUGUGAACCUCACUUGGCAGCAGCUCACAACUUGUCAGGACUGUAUCUGCAAACUCAUGUCUUCACAGGUGUCUAAUAAAGCAAAGUAAAACUCUUGA